GAACAUGAUGACCAUGUUGUACCUCCUAGUUGUAUCUUUUAUAAUGAUGGUGUAUGUGGAUAGCGAGGAAUGUGCAAGAAAAGUUACAGAAUUAAAAUCAAGUGAGAGAAAAUUAAGAAACGAAUUGGUCCGUCUACAGGAUGUGUUUCUAGAACGUAUAUCUAGAGCUGAUAAAGAUGAAAAUACAAAAACGAGAGAGUUUAUAGGGUUUUCGGCACAUAUGUCUCAUGGUUUUGUGAAUGGUCAUAGUAGUUCAUUGUCAAUGGGGAAAACGCUGAUCUUUGACCAGACAGAAACAAAGACAGCUGGUGUCUACAACACCAAUACAGGAAUCUUCCAAGCUCCAUCUAGUGGAAUGUAUGCCUUUACAUGGACAAUUUGCGUAGAUAGUAUCAUAAAAGAAGGUGGAGGGUAUGGAGAAUUUGGAACAGAAUUAGUUGUUGACGGACGGGUUUGUGGAAGAGUUCAUGCAGACACAGAAACAAACGGUGAUGACGCUUGUUCUACUGGAUUUAUAAUUAAAUACGUCAGAGAAGGCGGAACUGUGUAUUUAAGAAAUACAUCAAAUCAUCAAGGUCGUCUUCUUAGCAACGACGGUCAUACACGUACAACGUUUUCUGGAUGGAAACUAAACUAGAUAAGCUUAUACCAGCCAAAAUAAAGUUAGCAAACUAUA